CUAGCAAACAAGUAAAAUUUUCAGGUUCUGUGGUUCCAAGGGGGGGGAAAUUUCCCUAAUUUCCCCCCCCGUGGAUCCGCCACUGAUACAUAUGUAUGUGGGUGGCAUGUUUUGUAUCUGUAUUUCAAUUUGAUUAUUUUUUAUGGUUUCCGUUCUGAUAAACAUAAAUAUUAGUAACAGUUUCCCGAUCAUUGUGUAGGAUGAAAUACGUACUCGGUUAAGAGAAGUCGAAGUUAAAUGAUAAUUGUUAAUGCCUGCAAGUUAAGAGACAAAUUAUGUAUUACUUAGUUAAACGACAGCACACUGAUCCCCCUUAAAGCCCGACUUUCGUUCGUUCUUAAGCAAAAAUUCGAAACGAGGUAUGUAUGUAUAUGGUAAUUUUAAAAUGUAACAAACGCAGAGAAUAGUGAACAAAAACUAAUUUGUAUGUAGUUAAUAAUGAUAAUAAUAAAAUACAAAAUAGACAAAAAUACGGAAAAACACAGAAAAAAAGAGGAAAACUAAGCAAAAUAACCAAAAUAAAGCAAAACGCAAAAAAACAAAAUUGAGACUGUAAACGAAAGGCAACAUAAUGGAGCAGUUUAAGGCGAGACGAUGUUGAACAGAAAAAAGGCUAAAACACGAAACUAUACAACUCGUAACUCGAAUAAAUCACUGAUGAAUAGGCUACCAACAUAAGUUCGUAUAAGGUUUUUGUUCACACCAAAAAUUGUACUCAAAUUGCAUUUUAUUUUCGGUUUUGUCUUAGCCAAUUCUGUACAUUAUGGAUAGUAGAUUUCUUUUUCCCCAGUUUUGUUUUAACUAAAACUCCAGUAAACUACUUAAUAUAAAUUACCAAGUCAACAAAUUAGACCGCAGGCUGCAUGGUACAUAAGAAAAAAACGAAAACGAAACCGAAUCUAGAUGAUGAAGAUUUAAGCGUUUGUUAGCCAAAAAGAUAACUUUCGAUGAAUUUGAAUUUUUUACCAACAGAAACUAAGGAAACUGGAAUCUUAAACUGAUACUGAUACAGUUAGUUGUACGCACGUGCGACUGACCCAGAGACACAUAGAAACCUCCUAAAACAAAACUGCAUAUACAUAUAUAGGACUUACUUGUAAACCAGAUUGUAACGAUUUUAGGCAUAUAAGUGUUGCGACUUGGGUCUGUAAACGGGGAAACGGAAACGGAAACGGAUACUUGAAGGGAAACUGGAGAGGAAGCUACGUUCUGUCACUUUCCAAGCUUUCAUUUUGAAAUAAUUUCAUAGACUUUUCUAAACGUACUUUUAGAUCGAGAUGUGGUGAGGGAAUAAAUAGGAGUUUAACAUUAGCAUUUGAUGGCAGCUGGGGGGCGAAAUGUGGUACAGUGCUUAAGAAUUAAAACAUUGACGUCAGGAUUUAACUUAACUUAACUUACAUACAUAGAUACAAGGACAUCAACAAAGGAAAAUAUUGAGAGUAACAAGGAGAAAACUUGAAAAUGAAAUACAUAUAGCGUUGCAAGAUUUUAGUUUACGGUAAACUUAAAGAAAUUUUUUACAAUGUAUUUAUACAGACCUAAAUUUAAAUUUUAAAUUAAUUCUUUAAUGUAAUACGAACACAGUGCCUAAGUAAUAUCAAAACAAAAAUCGAAAAAAUAAAAAGGAAAUAAGGAUUUAAACAUACAAAACGAGAAUAAGAGCCGCAAGUAAGGACAUUGUUACUAAUAAUGCUAAAAACCUAAUCGAACAACUUUUAAAACAACCGAAAGGCAUUCGAGCGACAAAAAUUCAAGCCAAUAAACGAACAUAUGCAUACAAAAAUUUAUAGUUAUACAUGUGUGCAAAAAAAAAAAGAAACAGGAAACACAUACACACAUACACACACUAACUAUGAGAAGAAGAACAAGAGCAGGAAACGGAAGCUGAAAACUGAUCAGAAGUUAAUCUCCCAAAGAAAGAAAUUCGCAUAAAUGUAUAAAUGUAACACAAACGAACAUGAAACGCAAAAGCGCUAAGUAAUAAUUACCACACAAAUAAAUAAUGCAACGUACCCCCUACAUACGUCUCGUAUCUCGCACUGGAUUUACGUACAACCCACAUAUAUCCUCCCAUUUCCUCCCCCUAUAACCUUAAAGGGCUAUUCAAUCAAUAGAUUUCAUUUAUUUGAACAUGCCACGUACUCAAAAUGACAUCAAAUUGAAACUUGUAACAACUCUUUAUGUUUGCAUAUUGGAUUGGUCUGUUAGAAAAACCCUAAACAAAUGUUUGUAACCAAAUUGUUUUACGUUAAAUUCAUUUGAGAAAACAAAUACAAAAGGAUUAAGCAACAAUAAGUAAAUUACAACAAAUUAAUUAUACAUUUUGAAAUUAUAUUUAACGAACAAAAUUAAUGUAGUGUGUAAAAAAAAAACAAAGAAAACAUGAAAGUAAAAGCAAGUUUUAAGCAAAACAAAAUACUUUGAAUAUAUACAUAAAUUGCAAGUAAAUAGAAUAAAUGUCACUCACUCUUUUUAUUUAAGUCUUGUACUGAUCGAACAUUCCUGGGAUUUAAACGUAGAUUCGGAAUCGGAAUGUCAGCUAAAUUUGAAUUUCAGUUAGGAAAUAAAUAGUUUAUUUCCGGGAAAAGAAAUAUUACAAUGUUGGAACUCGUGAUUCUUUUCCUUCUGAGUUCCGUGACAUUUUUCUUUGCCCAUUUGGAGAGGCCAACCACUUUUUGGGGAAAUUUCUAUACAACAUGUCCCAUUCUAAUGGGUCUACUAUCCGCUGGAUUGGUUUACAUAAACAAAUAGAUAAAGGCUGCUCCUCUUGAGUAAUAAGAAACCACACGUUCCGCUGAAUUAUUUGAAAAAGAUGACUUUAUUUCGGCUGAGUGUUCAAAUAAAAAUGUAGUAAACUAUUUAAAAACAAC